AAUUCUUCAGCCUUGUCCGCCAGAAGUCUUGAUAUUCCUGUAAACCCGAGUACCUCUACUGCAUGGUCUUUGGACAAAAUGACCACCGUUUCCAUGGCAUCCUCAGAUGACGAGGAGGUUCUACAACUGACUAUCGAGCUGUCGAUGCAGCGAAGCCCUUCUGCCUCGUCUACACUCAACGCUGUCUCUGAUCGCACUUUGGGCGAUGAAGUCGCGCAGCAGACCAGUAUCGUGCAUUGUGGCUGCUCCGUGUGUCAGCCCUUGUCUACCGACGGCCUCUCAGUCACUCUUGAAGACUUGAAGGGGCAGCAGCACAAGUGUGAAUUAUGCACACUUCUUUGGGACGGCAUACGGUUGCUCUUGAUCCUCACCUCAGAGACACCAUGACCGAUGUCGAUGUUUGGCAUAUAGGGAAAGAUGGAGAGGACCAGAGGGCCAUCUCCAUCAGAUAUCACAAGAUGUGGCACAGAAUUCCCCAGUUCUAUCGUGCAGAAGGUAUGUUAGGCGCUUGCACGCUCACUGCCAUAUGAGAACAUGUCCCAUCCUAACAGAAGAUGAGA